AUGAAGAAAAACAUAUUAUGCUUGGGGUGGUGUUUAAUGUUUUCCUACGCCCUCUGCGCGCCUUUUCUAUCGCAAAGCGGAAAUGAAGUUGAGGACUGGAACCCGUUCAUGGCCCUCGGAGACUAUCGAAUAGGCCAUGAGCUUCAAUUUGAAAGAUCAAAUCCUUCGACAGAGCUCCAUAGACAAGAAUAUACAAAUAUGGCAAGGGAACACUCAAGACUUCAUCGCGCCAGACUUGAAAGAGAGAAGGGGAAAAAUAUGCUGCAUGAACGAUUCAAGGCGUCCGAAAUCCUCGGGCCAUUAAACGAAGAACUUGAAUAUAAGGCACAUUCAAGCAGUGUGUUUUCAGAACUUGUUCAGAGAUUUGUCGACUUGUUCACUGAUGCGGAAAAAAUGCGAAAGCUUUUAGCGCUUUGCAAAAGCGCCAAGACACAAAGCGAAGGAAUCAAGCCCAUAGUUAGGGAUCUACAGAAAUUGGUCACUGAGCAUCAGUUCGAGGCAUAUCUCUUUCACAGAGGGUCUCGGUUUGAAUAUAUUGUCUUCACAGCACUAGAAUAUUUACAAGGAGAGGAUUUGAACGUAUAUGAUAGACUGUGGACCUUGAGUAUACUUCGAAUACUUCAGUCUCUCUUGCCAAGGGGAUAUUUAGAGCCUAUCAGACAGGAUCCAAACACAGGUCGUGUCUGCCGAGGAGGAUUGGAGCUUUUCCUCACAGAAGGAAUUGACUUGGUGAAGGACUUAUCACAGGGAAGGAAAGACAGCUUCACUCCCGACGAAUCUGUUGCAGAAGCUCUCAAGAGAGUUGAGCUGAUCUCAAACAUCAGGAAUCACCUUCAGGACUCCCAAAGAGGUCAUCAAACGCCUGGAUUCAUAGCGAUACAUGAUAAAUUACUUCUAACAAGGUCUUUGUCCAACGGAGGUGUUGUUGAGUCAUUGGCAUUACAAGCUUUGCAGCACAUGAAUGCGAAAGAUACUCCAGAUGAAGAGAUCCAUUGUUUGGACCUUAUAUUGAAUCAUCUGCAGAAAUUCUAUCCAGCUGUCCGUGAGAUUAUCUUCUCUCUGCCAUCAACCAGUAAACCUUCUCAAGUGAUUCAAGAGAGAUUCAAGUGUCAAGCUGUAUUGCAGCCCCAUAUUGAAUUAUACCUUGAAAAAGGGGAUAUAGACCCUUACAUCAAGAGCCUUCUUCUACCCUUUUUAGGCCGGCAUUCAGUCAAUCUGGAUGAUGUAAAAAAUCUUCUACAUUCAUGCAAUGUCCAUGAUUCAGCACUUCAAGAUUUAAAAGUACAAUCACAUGGUACAGAUGUUACAAAAGAGGAGCAGUAUCAUAGAGAUCAAGACUUCUUCAUUGACAUGAUGUAUAAAGUCAGCCCUUAUCUAGAGGGGCUUCAGGAUCAUCUAGAUAGUCUGGUGAAAAAAGGUUGUAAGCCUUCACACUUUUAUCUCACCCCCAAAACAACACCACACAACACAGAUUAUCUUUCUGUGAUUUUGUUCUUCAAUAAAUGGCUGAUUGAAGUUUUCCCUGAACUAUGA